GCGUCGCUAAAACAACACAAUUCGAGGUAAUGUCUGGGUGUCUUAGCAUACUGUUGGUGUUGGCGACGGCGACGGCUGCCAGGGCUGAAGCUGGCUAUCCGGUUCUUGAGCCUUUGUAUCCGGUCCCCAGCCCUCUAUAUCCGCCUCCCGAGCCCAUAUAUCCGGUGGCUGAACCAUGUUACCCGAAGACUGCCUACGUCACAGCUGUCAAGACCGCCCUCCAACAGAUACCUGUGUACGAGACAGCAAUCCAAAAACAGGUCGUCCCCACCACCCUAUACAAGACCCACUACCAAACCCAGUACCAGACCAAAUACCAGACCCAAUACGUCCCCGAAUACGUCACUGAGACCGUCUACAAGACCCAGGUCCAAUACGUUCCCCACUACCAGACGCAGUACCAGACGCAGUACCAAACUCAAUACGUCACCACUGCCGAGUAUGUGCCCAAGUACGUCACGGAGACGCUCUACCAGACGCACUACCAGACGCAGGUGGUGUACAAGACCGCCUACACCACGGUUCACACCCCCCAGUACGUCACUAAGACGCAGGUGCAGUACCAGACCCAGUACAAGACGCAGGUGGUACCUGAGUACGUCACCGUCGCUUUGGACAAGGUGGCCUACGUCACUGCCUGUCCUAAGCAGUACUAUCCGGAACUCGUUGUCGACUACGUUUAACGACGUCGAUAUAUCUCUACGUUUAACGUCGAUAUAUUUCAACGAUUUAACAACGUCGAUAUAUUUCUACGUCUAACGUCGAUAUAUUUCAACGAUUUAACAACGUCGAUAUAUUUCAACGAUUUAACAACGUCGAUAUAUUUCAACGAUUUAACAACGGUCGAUGUAUUUUCUAUGUCGUAACUUGUUCUAUAGCAUCUAAAUCCCCUCAAAUUGGUCUCUAAUAUCCACCUACAUCUAAACUGUUUGUCCCUUCAAUGUCUAUCUAAAUUCUAUCUAUUGUUUCCCUAUUCUCGCCAUGAUCAGCUAGUUUUAUGACCUUCUUAAGAACAAGACGUGUAUAAUAUUCAAUAAAGAAUUGCAGUAUA